AUGCUGGCAGCUCUAAAGCCGUGCUUACCACGGCGCCUCAAUCGUGUCCUCUGCACCGCAUUGCACCCAUCCGCAGCGCACCGCGCGCUCCAGCCCGUCCAGUACCGAGUCUUAGUCCUCUGGGAUCAGGCUCAGGCCGCCGCCGGAACAGCAUGGAUCCGCGGAUUCACCGCAAAUUCCGGCGGAGAUUCAGGGAACGGGAAUAAUGCGGGAGGCAAGAAGGGGGAUUCGGCGGCGGACGUGCCGAUUUCAAGCGAGAAAGGGGAUUCUGCGCGAAGGGGCCUUGCGGCGGAAGUAGCUGCGGAAGGCGGAGGGGAAUCCGCGCGCGUGGCCGAAGCAUCGGCGGAAGGGGCGGGGGAAGCGGCGGGGGAAGCCGCCGCUAGUGAGGCGUCGGCGGAAGCAGUGGGGGAGGAAGUCGCAGCGGAUGCCGUAGCGCACGCUGGGUAUCAUGGCGCCCGGCGCGGCCGCAUCAGACGGCGUGAUUCGCGGAUCAGAUCCGCCACGGAAGUCAGGGGAGCCUCUUCCGCUCCCGCUGCAGCGGCUGCGAACGCUGAGGUGGCUGCGCGGGGGGGAGAUUCCGUGGGGGCAAAUGGUGUGGGAAAUGCUGGCGCGUCCGCGGAGGGCGGGGCGGAAUUCGUAAUGGGGGAAGGCGCAGCGGGGGAAGGAGCGGGGGAAGGCGGGGGACUGGCGGAAGAGACGUCCAUCGUCCCCGCGGGUCCGCGCCCCGAGCAUUACCCCAAAAACCCCAAGCUGGUGGCGGCGCUGCAGGCGCUCAAGGCGCAAGGCACGCCCUAUGUGGGCGCAUUCCUAGUUCGGGACGACCAUGCCGCUGCUGCUUCUUCUUCUGCCGCUCAUCCUUCAGCUAGCGCGGCUGGAACAGCAGGAGCAGAGGGAGCAGAUGGGGCAAACGGAGCAGCCACAAGCAGCAGCAGUGACAGGCGCGAGUUGGGGCCGGAGAGGAGUGACGUUGAUGCAGGUGAUCAAGCCACCUCUGUCCUCCUGCCGCACUCCUCCCCCUCCUCCCUCUCCUCCCCCUCCUUCCCCUCCUCCCUCCUCUCCCCUUCCCCUCUGCAGGUGAUGCAGGUGAUCAAGCCACUGGACGGCGACUCAGCGCAGGUGAUCAAGCCACUGGACGGCGACUCAGCACAGGUGCUGCUGAUGGGGCACCGGCGCCUGAGGCUGACAGGCAUGGUGGGGGACGACCCGCUCACUGUCACCGUUGACCAUGUCAAGGUGGGAUGCGGUGGAGGUGGGUUUGGGUGGGAGAGCUGGUGGAGUGGCAGUGCUGCUGAUGGGGCACCGGCACCUGAGGCUGACAGGCAUGGUGGGGGACGACCCACUCACUGUCACCGUGGACCAUGUCAAGGUGGGGAUGGGUAUGUGACGGUGGGGAUGGGUGUCAAGGACUUGCCGUACAACAGCAACAGUGUGAUGAUAAAGGCCACAGUGAUGGAGGUGGUGAGCACGCUCAAGGAUCUCGUGAGGCACAACCCGCUGUACAAGGAGCACAUCGCCAUGUUCGUGCAGCACGUGGGGGAGUUCAACGCCUCAAGAAUGGCGGAUUUUGGUGCCGCGCUUACGACCGCCGAUGAACCGACACUCCAGUCGGUUCUGGAAGAGCUGGACGUGGGCAAGCGGCUAUCGCUUGCACUCAUGCUGCUCAAGAAGGAAUUAGAACUUGCCAAGCUGCAGGCGAACAUCGCCAAGGGCGUGGAGGAGAAACUGGCGGGGGAGAGCCGCCGGUACAUGCUCAUGGAACAGCUCAAGGCCAUCAAGAAGGAGCUGGGGUUGGAGAAAGACGACAAAACUGCACUCAUCGGUCGUUUCAAGGAGAAGCUUCAGCCGUUUCAGCAGCACUGCCCGCCAGCAGCCAUGCAGGUGAUAGAGGACGAACUGGCCAAGCUACAAGGACUGGAGGCGAGCUCGUCUGAGUUCAACGUGACACGGAACUACCUCGACUGGCUCACGUCCAUCCCCUGGGGGCACUACAGCGAGGAGAAUCUGGACGUGGUGCGGGCACAGCAGGUGCUGGAUGCGGACCAUUAUGGGCUGACGGACGUGAAGGAGCGCAUUCUCGAGUUCAUUGCUGUUGGCAGGCUCAAAGGCAGCACGCACGGCAAGAUCAUCUGUCUGGUGGGCCCACCAGGAGUGGGGAAGACGUCCAUUGGUCGCUCUAUUGCCAACGCGCUGGACCGCAAGUUCUACCGCUUCUCUGUGGGAGGGCUGUCUGACGUGGCAGAGAUCAAGGGUCACCGGCGCACAUACGUGGGCGCCAUGCCAGGCAAGAUGGUGCAGUGCCUCAAGUCCACAGGGGUGGCCAACCCUCUCGUGCUCAUUGACGAGAUCGACAAGUUGGGUAGGGGCCAUGCAGGGGACCCAGCAGGAGCGCUACUGGAGAUGCUUGAUCCGGAGCAGAAUGCGUCGUUCCUUGACCACUAUCUGGACGUGCCGCUGGACCUCUCCAAGGUGCUCUUUGUGUGCACGGCCAACAUGCUGGAGACCAUCCCAGCACCCCUCCUGGAUCGCAUGGAGGUGAUUCGCCUGGUGGGGUACAUCUCAGACGAGAAGACCCACAUCGCUAGAGGGUACCUGGAACCAGCUGCUCGCUCUGGGUGUGGCGUGAAGCCAGAACAGGUGCUGGUGACGGAUAAUGCACUGCACUCACUCAUUGAGACGUAUUGUAGGGAAGCGGGCGUGAGGAACCUUCAGAAACACAUCGAGAGGAUCUACCGCAAGGUGGCAUUGAAGAUAGUGCGUAGGGAGGGGGAGAGGGAGGAGCGAAGGAAGGUAGCUGUGGCAGCAGCAGCAGGACUACUGGAGGAUGGGGAAGAGGACAAGGAUUCUGAUGGGGGGGAGGGGCUGGAGGAGAGGAGGGACGAAGGGGAAAGGAGGGGUGAGGGAGAGAGGCGGGGAGAGAAGGAAGGGCCAGGGGCCAUUGAUGGGGGCGGGGAGGAGGGUAAGCAGGGCAAGGAGAGGGAGAAUGAGGCUGGGAAGGAGGCUGAAAUUGUGGCUAAGGAGGGUGUGAAGGAGGAAAGGGAGAGGAUAGUGGUGGACGAGGGCACGUUGGUGGAGUAUGUGGGGCAGCCGGUGUUUCAGAGCGAGCGCAUGUAUGAUGAGACGCCAGUGGGUGUGGUCAUGGGGCUGGCAUGGACGGCCAUGGGGGGAUCGACGCUCUACGUGGAAGCCACAGUCAUUGAGCAGGCAGCGGAAAGAGGCAGCCUUGAGCUGACGGGCCAGCUGGGAGACGUGAUGAGGGAAAGCGCCACCAUAGCCCAUACAGUCGCGAGGCAAAUCCUCACGCGGGCCGACCCUGGCAGCGAGUUCUUCCGAAAGGCGCACAUGCACAUGCACGUGCCGGCUGGGGCCACGCCCAAGGACGGCCCGAGUGCCGGCUGCACCAUGAUCACUGCCAUGCUGUCUCUGGCACUGGGGCGGCAUGUGCGGGCGGAUCUGGCCAUGACUGGCGAAGUGACCUUGACUGGCAGAGUCCUGCCGAUUGGAGGGGCGUAUGAGAAGGAGCGGCCAAUACACUUGAGAGCUUCGUUUCCUGUCGCUCACUGCCCACCCUUCCCACAGGUGAAGGAGAAGACCAUAGCCGCUCGCCGCAAUGGUGUGAAGCUGCUUGUGUUCCCCAAGGCCAACCGCAAAGACUAUGAGGAGCUGCCAGAGCAUGUGCGGGAGGGGCUGGAUUCGUGGUUCGUGGAGCACUACGAUGAGAUCUUUCAGCUUGCGUUUGGACGGCGGGUGGAGGAAAUGGGUGCUGCAGAGGUGGUGGCUGAUGCUGUGGCUGUUGAACCGCAGAGGGAGAAGGCAGGUGCUAUCAUUGCAUCUUGA